AUGGAGACAUACAAUGGUCACGUUCGCACCCCAGCGGACGCCAUCAUACUUUUCGAGGCUUGCAGGCUGGGUAUCCUCCCUCGAGUCCAGCGGAGACUCUCAGAGAAAGAGAGACAAUCCAUCCGCUCUGGGUCCGUGUUUGUAUGGGAUGAACGAGAAGCAGGAAUGAGGAGGUGGACAGACGGAAAGAGUUGGAGUGCCAGUCGAGUCUCAGGCAGCUUUCUGACCUACAGAGAAAUGGAAGGGAAAAGAGGCGGACAGACUUUCCCUUCGAACGCAAGUAAAGGCACCAAAACCCCCGAGAGCACCGCGGAGGAUCCUUCGCAGAACGGCGAGGCUGAGGAUGGCCCUGAUGGAUAUCGCUAUAAGCCCGAUGGCCUGAUGAAGCAGUCGUUCAGUAUCACUACCUCUCAGGGCCAACACCUGCAUCUCAUCAGCUAUUACUCCCGCUCACACCCCACCGCUCAAGUCUUGCGUCAACCGAGCACGGACCCUAAUCUGGCUCACGUUGUGCCAGCAAAGGGCCUCUAUCCCGAGUCAACGAUCAACGACCAGUCUUCGGUCCCGGCCGUCACUCGUUCACCCAUGGUAGGGGUGCCCAGCUACGUCGUCAGCCCCAGUACUCCCGGUUAUCACAGACCGACUCCCGCCAACCCGCACCCAUAUUUGCCGCUUGGAUACAUACCUCAUCCGACCUACAUCUAUCCGAUUAGUCCCAUCCAUACCCCCCCAGGUCAUUAUCCCCUCCAACAUUACGCGUCACUUCCUCCUGGGGUAUCCCUUCCGCCUGGAGCACCACUCCCUCCUGGCUUACCUCCCCUCCCCUACGGCCAUGCACCGUAUCCUCCGCCUCAUGCAUUGGCAUUGCAUCACGCCCCUCCAUCGUCUUACGACCAGCGGCCACUCCGGAACACGGAUUCAAGGUCACCGGGACCUGCUCCUUUACCUCCCGCAACAUCUGCUCAGGGUUCUUCGGCGCCGCAUAACACCACGCAACCUCCACCGACACAACAACAGGCCAAUUCCUCGGUGUCAGCAACCGCUCCUGCAUCUACAGCGGAAUCUGGGACCGAAAACCCUGCCUCUUCUAACCAGGUAGAUCCUACACUUGCUAAUUCAACAAACGGCGGCGAGGGACAGCCUAAUGCCAAUACACCGCGGGCGGAACAGGGUCAAAGCGAACCACGGCCUGCCGAAACUGCUGGUGUAGGCGCGAGCCAGGCUCCUACUAUCACCUCGUUGGUCCACAACAUUACGACCAGCCUGCCACCCACGGAGAAGGUCCACGGAGGCUCCGAGGUGAACCGACAAGGCAGUACAAGUCCCGGGGGCACCAAGAAUGGAGCUCCUCCACAGGACAUUCCCAGUGAGAAAUUGGGAUUUCGAGAGGACAAGAGAGCACUGAGCAAGCUCGAUCGCGUGUUUGCGCGUGUGAUUGAUUUAUGUCAGGUUAUUGUGUGGUCUGUUGCGUAA